AUGGAGGAAGGAAGGGUGAUGGAUGUUGAUGUUCAUAUAUUGUUGGUGGAUGAUGAUGCCACCUCUCUUGCUGUCGUCUCUGCCAUGCUCAGACUUUGCAGAUAUGAAGUUGUGACUAUGAGAAACCCAAUUGAAGCACUUCAUACACUUAGGGCAAGAAAAGGGUUUUUUGACCUUGUUGUCACUGAUCUCCACAUGCCUCAAAUUAAUGGUCUGCAAUUACAAAAGCAAGUAAUGCAAGAAUUCAAGCUACCUGUUAUUAUGAUGUCAGCUGAUGAAAAGCCCAGUGUCAUAUUGAAGAGUUUAGAGGAAGGAGUUGCAUUUUACAUGGUGAAACCAAUAAGCCUAGAUGAUGUCAAACAUGUAUGGCAGUAUGCUAUUACAGCCAAAGAGGUUACACCCAAUGAAGCGAAAACGGUUGCCGGACGAGGAUUGUCCAUUGAAAAAUCGUCUCUAGAAGAGACGAGCUCUAUAGUACCUUGUCCGAAAGAGAAGAAAGGUGCAAAAUCAAAGAACAAGAAGGCAAAGGAAAAUAGGGUUACCAAAAAGUCAAUUGCCAUAAAAAAGGCAAAAGUGAUUUGGACAAAUUCUCUUCACAAUCGAUUUCUACAGGCCAUUAGACUAAUAGGUCUUGACAAGGCAGUUCCGAAGAAGAUCCUUGAGUUCAUGAACGUGCCUGGCUUGACUAGAGAAAAUGUUGCCAGCCAUUUACAGAAGUACAGAAUUUUCUUGAAACGAGUCGCUGAAAAGGGAGCUGAUCGUUCAAUGAAGGAACAUAAUUCGGACUACAGAUUAUUAAGAUCAAGCUUUGCUUCUGCUCACUUUCAACCCCAAUUAUACAGACCAAAAUUCCAAGAAAUUUACCAAAUGAAUCACUCUCCUAUCUUGGAAGCCAAUAAUCUCCGUUUGCCCUAUUUGGGGAAUCAACACUAUUCAAGUGAUCUAUCGACGAACAACGAAAAACACAACUUUUUUUUCAACGGGCUUGUCUCGAGCUUGACAAAAAUCGACCAAAAUUUCGUGUCCUUAGGAAAUGAAAAGCCUAAAUUUUCUAGCAACGAAACAAGAAUGAGUUCAAGUCAAAGUGAGAUAUUUCGUAACAUCCAUGAUGUCAACCAUAAUAGUGGAGGGUCAAGGUCAUUUUCUGGGAAUUUUGAAGGCACAAACCAACUUUUGGAAAUGAUUUGUAAUAACACAAAUGUGAAGGAGAAUGAGAAUGGUUGUGUUUUGGUGGCAUCAGAAGAAGAAGUGAAUGUUAGUGGUUGGAAAUUUGCAGCUAAUGAGACCAUUUCCUUUGGAGAUUUUGGUGUAGAUCUCCAAGAUUGCUUUGAUGUUCUCAGUGAGAUCUUCAUGGACAAGAACGGUGAUCAACCUUCUUUACGGGAGCAGGAAAUGAGAAAUAUGGAUCUCUCCGACAUUUGGAAUGAGUUUGAAAUGGAUAAUAAUACUUCACCAAAGAAAGAUCUCCUCUCUACUCGCACUCAUGAGGCAUAA